CAUGUCAUACAUACUUCUUCCCACGGAUCUCGACCUUGACGAAAGCAUGGGAAUUUUUUAUGCAAAUCUUCUGUAAAUUUGCACUUUCGUUUGGGCAUUGUUUCCACUCAGCUGUCAUUUGCUGCUACUGUCAAGCAACUGUUUGAUGCCGAGGUGCAUCGCACGUUCGCGGAGAGAUUAAUAGGCAGGAAUUUGGCCAAUAGUUGCUGCAAGUCUAUUAAAAAUCAACCAAUUGGUGUGCGAGAAGGCGGGUUAAAGCAAUGCAAAUAUGUGUGCACACACAAUGAAGUAUUAGACCAGAUGCACAUCAUGAAUGCAACUAAUGCCGAAUCCCUAUACAUUUUUGCAAAUUUUGUAAUCCCGGCCUCAUGUUUUUUUUAAGGUACGAAAAAGAGGACAUGUCCAGGAAAAAGAGGACGUAUGAUCACCCUACUGUAUUGAGACUGCUAUACUGUUUGGUUAUUAGUCCCAGGUUCCAGGGUGAUGCCCCGGCAAAAUUAAUUCUUAAUAUUAUAUUGAUUUUGAUAAUUGAUAGUUAUCUUUGUUGAUUGUUCAUUUGAAGGAUUGAUACGCUAAUGUUGAUUGUAAUCAAUGUUCUUUUGAUUUUAAUAAUUAUCUUUGAUAAUUAUUAAUUAUUGCUAAUAACCCGAACAAAGCCCCAACACAGUGGUUUUCGCCUCACCACGCCUCCAUGCAUGCCAUUUUUGUCCAGUGUCUUUCUGAUUGUAGAGCCAUGAACUGUAACCUUUUUUGAUACUAGAGAAGCCUGCUGUUCUUUGGACGUUGUACUUGGAUUUUUUGUGACUUCCUAGAUGAGAUGAUGAUAAGCACAUCAGAGUACUAGAGAGUUUGGAAAAUAGACGCCUUACAUGUCCUCAGCUGACAGAAAAUAAGGUGCAUGAGAAGUGCCCGACAAGGCACCUCAACUAUGGCAAGUGCUAAUACUUGGACAAAUGAGAGCUAGAAUGCCAAGGAUCUGCAAAGCUGUUGGACGUCUGUUUUCCACGUCCAAGCGGGGGUUUUCCUCUAUUUCGCGGAAGCCUGUGCACAAGAGUCAUUCACUAUAGAAACAGCUAUGUCCUCCGCCAUUUCAAACAGAAUGUAUCCAAUGUGGAAACUCAGAUAAAACGUAAGCAUCUUUUAUAAAAUCAGUAAUAAAUCAGUCUGUUGUGUCUCACAGCAGUGAUUAGUCUUAAUCCUGCAGUUGUCAGUUUAAAGCUGUUUAAAGCUAUUUCCUAGCUUUGGUAAUGUAUUAGUAAUAUGAGAGAUCACGGAGCACGAGCGCUGUUCUAUGUAAACAAUGACUAACAGAUUCACUUUACAUCACCAACUGGCUCAUAUUACACAAAAAAAGAUAUUUUUCCACAACCUGCUGGCUAACAUAUGUAAUUUCAAAAAUAAAGACAGUAACUCCUAACACAUAUGCACAACUCUUACACUUUAGUUUAGAACAGCAUGAAUACAAGCGGAGUGAUACACACACAGUGAAGCGUCCAUGUGCUGAUGUUGUCACACGUGAUGGUUAAGUGUCUGCAUAAUGAACGUGAUGGAAUAUAGCCUUGUAGAAGGUAGAAUGUCGAUUACCACUCAUUCCUUGUUUAUAAAAAAAUACAGUAUAGUAAAUAAGUUAUGGUAAGGCACUGUUUAAACACUGUUUAAAAAGUAUAGCCACAAGUUGUCUACUCGAGGGGCAAUUACAUACUCAUAACUGUAUAUAUAAUAACAUGUCUGACUACGUCUAUGGCUGCUGUAUUGUGUUUUGUUUUUCUAGUGUAUCGUCUAUUCAUUAUUAUAGGCUGUUAUAAAAUAAUAUGUUACAAAAUGUUUUAAAGAUUGCAUAAUUAAAAUAUAAUGCAUCAUAUUCUGUCAUUAUGUGAAGAUUCGCUGCCCAACUCAGUGAAAGAAUGUGCACAAUGUGCGUCUGUCUGUUCUUCUUUCAGGUUACUGUAGUAAUCUUAGUAAGCGCACACCAUUUUUUUAGUGACGGUCUAGACUGUCUAAUUUCAAUUCGCAGAUGGCUUAACAGGAGACACCAAACCAUUGCUUUUUUAAUAUGUGUGUUAAGUUGAAGUUCAGUUUUGAAGAGGCUGCAUUGUGCUCCAUUUAACUGCGCUCUGUCUAGCUGUUUGAAACACUCGCCUGUUGUAGGCUAUAUAUGCUGCUUCAGUGCAUUGAGUCCAGUGACAUAUGCACUCUGUGUGUGUGUGUGUGUGUGUGUGUGUGUGUGUGUGUCCACAAAUUUUCUCUCUUAUGAGGAACUCCGAGAGUUGGAAUUUCCACCUUUCAGCUGGGGAAAGUGCAACGGAAUGACACUUUAUCGGACUUGGAAACUUGUGCGGAAAUCUUUCAUUCAUUCCGAUAAGAUGCAGGAUACAGACUACUUAAGUUGCUCACGUACGAGUUACCUGGAUGAUGGCUCGCCCUUCUCCUGACCCAUUGUAUAUCCUGAGGGGUUCAAGGGCGGCAGUAAACACCCUGCACUUCUGCUGUAGUGGACAGGGGGCACCACUACUGUACUCUGGGUCAGGUAAAGGUGCAAUCCAUGUGUGGAACCUGACCACCAGGAGAGCAGAACGUGAGCUAGAAAGUCAUGCUGGCAACUCCGUUAUCUGGCUACAGACCUUCAAUGACCGCAAUACCCUCAUCAGUCAGGGUCGUGACAUGAGGGUAUGCGUGUGGGAUUUGUCUGAAGGCCGCAGUACAGUGACAGACUCUCUCCUCACAGGCAGUGUUGGGUUCUGUCAGUGCUCUCUGCUGGAGACCCAAGCCGGAUCCACUUUACUGGCUCACCCUACAGAACAGAUGGAGCAGGUGAGUGUGGUGGAGAUGAGGAGCUGGACUCCAGUGUGCACUCUUAAGUCAGACUAUAAACUGGGCAUGCUCAUGUGUAUGAAGAUGUGCCAGGCAGAUUCUGGUCCGGUUCUGUGUGCUGGUUAUGAGGACGGCUCUCUAGUUUUAUGGGAUGUUUCCAAUCGGCGUCCGUUCAGCUGUAUAAAGGCCCACCCUGAGCCAGUCAUGUGUCUAGACAUUGAUGUACACAGGCAGAAAGGCAUUUCAGGGUCUUCAGAGAAGAUCAUCCACUCCUGGACACUUGAAAACCAGCAAAGUCUACAGAUGCACAACUCCAGUCAUCUGACCAAUCCUGGGGUCUCCCAGCUGCGUAUCCGUGCAGAUGGCAAGAUCCUAGCAGCGGCAGGCUGGGACAACAACAUCAGAGUGUUUGGCUGGAAGACACUAAAGCCACUGGCUGUUCUACAGCAUCAUACUGACAUGGUGAAUAGUGUGGCCUUCUCAGACCAUCGGGACCCCCAACAGAGACUUUUGGCCGCAGGGUCCAAAGACCAACGGAUCAGUGUGUGGUCAAUAUAUAGAGAAAGUUGAGGCCCUCCUUACCUUUUCCUUCAAACUGAUUGUUGCAAAUUACUCAGACUUUAUUUACAUAAUUGAGCAUGGUGCUAAUACAUUUUCUUUGAAGGAAAGCAUUUCAAACACCUAAAAUAGUGGCUGACCGCCAUUUAAAGGCGGGCAUACUGCAUUGUAUCAUUUAGCAGGACUGUCAUUAUUUACAUGUCCUAAGACUACAUUAUAACACCCUGUUCUGUGUUUCACCUCAAACGAACAAGCUUGGCUUAGUAAAAUGCACUCAUUGCAAACCAAACAAACAAAAGCAGAUAAUAUAAAAACAUACUCCAUCAUCAUGUUUUGUUGCCAUUUAUCACAAUGGGCAAUAGUUUUAUUGUCAAAGGCACAGCUUAAACCAUCCGCUCUGAUCUGUUUGCUUUACUGCAGGGUGAUGUGCUUCAGUAGGCGUGUAUUUGCACUUGAAGUCGCACCUGAGCGGAAAAGUAAUCCACCGCUGUUUUUCCCAAUUUGUCUCAGAGUUUAAGAUUGCCCUCGGGACUGACCUGCAUAUAUCAUGCAGGGUUAAUCACAAGGGCUCAGGCAGCACCGACAGGCCUGUUUGUUAGAAAGAUUCAUUGGACAAGUUUUGUUUCAUUUUUCCCUUUAAGCACAUGAGCUAAUGAAGGAGACUAUUUUCAGUCUGAAGACAAGGCUGACCUUUUGUGUUUGAAUGUGGCCACAGGACAAACUGGUUAUUUUUGCAUUUAUUUCCUUUGCUCUGUGAAUGCUGGACAGCUCACUCACCAAAGUAGUUACAGAAAUUAAUUUCUGGUUUACAUUGUAAUGUUUUCUUUUUGGAUUAUUUUUCUUUUAUAAUUUCUUGUUUAUACAAAGAUUUUUACCAACGCUUUAGGUAAACCGAUAUCUAGCAUUGUUUAUGCUAAUUGUAAAUUAGGUUCUUGAGUGGUUGGAAAAAACAUUAAAAGACAGCUUCAUUAAAACGUUUAAAUAGCUUAAAUUGUUCGUUUUAAUAUUCAUGCAUUAAAAGUAUUUU